GGGGGACUCCGCGGCAGGGUUGAGACUCAGUCCCGGCUGCUGCUCUCUCCCGCGCCAGAGGCUAGGCUCGGGUUCUACUCCGGGCCUGACAAUGAACCCGUGCGCCGAGGCGGCGGCGGUGGCGGCCACAGUGCCUGGAGCGGGCGUCGGGGAUGCGGGGCUGCGGCCGCCCAUGGUGCCCCGGCAGGCGUCCUUCUUCCCACCGCCGGUGCCCAACCCCUUUGUGCAGCAAACGCGGAUCAGCGCCUCGAAGAGCGUGCAGAUUUUUCUUCUUGGAAUUAUUCUGCUUCCACUUCGUGCUUUAUUGGUUGGAUUAAUAUUAUUGCUGGCAUGGCCAUUUGCCGCAGUUUCAACAGCAUGCUGUCCUGAAAAGCUGACCCACCCGGUAACUGAUUGGAGAAGGAAAAUUACUCAGCCAGCUUUGACGUUUCUGGGUCGUGCCAUGUUCUUCUCCAUGGGAUUCCUAGUUACUGUGAAAGGCAAGAUUGCGAGUCCUUUGGAAGCACCCAUUUUUGUCGUUGCCCCUCACUCCACGUUCUUUGAUGGAAUCGCCUGUGUCGUGGCUGGGCUACCUUCUCUGUUAUCUCGCAGUGAAAAUGCACAGGUCCCCCUGAUUGGCAGACUGCUACGGGCUGUGCAGCCAGUACUGGUGUCCCGGGUAGAUCCAGAUUCCCGAAAAAAUACCAUAAAUGAAAUAAUAAAGCGAGCAACAUCGGGAGGGGAAUGGCCCCAGAUACUAGUUUUCCCAGAAGGUACUUGUACUAAUCGCUCCUGUUUGAUUACUUUUAAACCAGGAGCCUUCAUUCCAGGAGUUCCAGUACAGCCAAUCCUCCUCAGAUACCCAAACGAGCUGGUAAGCAUACCUAGCACUUGGGAGGGAUACAGUGUCAUCCAGCUCUGUAUACUUACUUUCUGCCAGCCCUUUACAAAAGUGGAAGUUGAGUUUAUGCCUGUUCAGGCACCAAGUGAUGAAGAAAUAAAGGAUCCCAUUCUUUUUGCCAGUAGAGUCCGGAAUUUAAUGGCAGAAGCACUAGGAAUCCCAGUAACAGAUCAUACGUAUGAAGACUGCAGGCUGAUGAUCUCGGCAGGACAGCUCACAUUGCCUAUGGAAGCCGGGUUGGUGGAAUUUACCAAAAUUAGCCAGAAAUUGAAAUUAGAUUGGGAUGGUAUUCGUAAGCACUUGGAUGAAUAUGCAUCUAUUGCAAGUUCCUCAAAGGGAGGAAAAAUUGGAAUUGAAGAAUUUGCAGAGUAUUUAAAGUUACCUGUUUCAGAUGUCUUGAGACAACUUUUUGCGCUCUUUGACCGGAAUAAUGAUGGCAGUAUCGACUUCCGAGAGUAUGUGAUCGGCCUGGCUGUCUUGUGCAACCCUGCCAACACAGAGGAGAUCAUCCAGGUGGCAUUUAAGCUCUUUGAUGUUGACAAGGAUGGCUGCAUAACAGAGGAAGAGUUUUCCACCAUUCUGCAGGCUUCUCUUGGAGUGCCUGACCUUGAUGUUUCUGGUCUCUUCAAGGAAAUUGCUCAAGGAGACUGUAUUUCCUAUGAGGAAUUCAAAGAUUUUGCCCUGAGGCACCCAGAAUAUGCUAAAAUAUUUACAACAUAUUUAGACCUCCAGACGUGCCAUGUGUUUUCCAUGCCAAAUGAAGUUCAGACAACUCCUUCUAUUGCAAGUAACAAAGUCAGCCCUGAAAAUCAUGAAGAAAGUACCUCAGACAAAAAAGAUGACUGAGAGCAGUACUCCCAGUGAAGAGGAUGCAAUGAAUUUUGCUUAAAAUUAAACAUGCAUUUAUUAAUUAUGUUUUAAAUGUACUUGUGGGUAAGGAUGCUUAAAGCAGGAAGCUUUUUUUAUAGCACUGAUGGAUUUUCUUACUAAAACUGCUUUUAUUAACUAGCACAUACUAAGUGACAUUCUUUUUCUUUUGCAUUACAUUAUAUUUUGCUGAUUAUUCGCUGCUGAUAAAAGCUUUAUAUUUUUAUGGAUUUUCUAGUAUAGUUUACAUAACCAAAUUUAUCCAUUGGUGUAUUUAUUGGUCAGCAGCAACUCUCUAAAGAUUUUAAUACAUUAUAUAUAUUUUUGUCCACUUCCUUUAAAAGAAAACAGCAAUACUAGGAAGACUCUGAGAGAUAUUACAGAAUUUUUUAUUGUGAACUUCAUAGAUUAAUGUUUGCAUUUAACUUUCAGUUUCUUGGAUCAGUUUCAUAUGGGAAGAAAGAGCGCUAUUAUUUAGAUGAGACUUCUUAAGACCGCAUAUUCUCCUUAACAGGCAUCUCUAUUGCAGAUUCCUUAAAUCGCCUGCUAAGGAAAUCAUUUCCUUUUACAUGAUCUACAGGAUUAGAACUGUGUUUUGAAAAUGACUUCUCUGACCAGAGGCUAAGUGGGAAUUGCCUUAUUGAAGGUAACAUUGAUUACCUAAUGAGAAAAUGAAUUGUUUGCCACAGAGUUAAAUUUAAUUUGCACUGGAUGGUUCAGAAGCUAGCACUUGUCUGACAAAUGAAUCAGAUUAGUUCUAUUUAUACAAUAGUAGAACUAAUGUAUUUUACCAUUCAAGAGAGAAUUUUAUUUUGUCAAUUGUCCUUUCAAAUUUUAGAGCUUGUCUAAAGUAUCUAUGUGGAAAAGAUAAAAGGUUCCAAAAUAUCUCUAAAAGCUAGAAAAUAAAAAAAACCCACUUUAUUAAUACAUGGUCACAAUUUAUACCCUAGGCAAGAAUCCAACAAUAACAUUUUUUCUCUAGCUUAAAUAAUUUCCCCGAAGUAUCAUUUUUAUUAGGUCUCAUGCAUGCAUAUUGUUAGUAUCAUUUAUGUUUGAGAAUUUGAACAAAGAACAAAUUUAUUAGUAUAAUUAUAAAAAUAGUGGGUUCUUAUUCUAAAUUCAGUCUUUAAAAUCAAGCUCUUUGUUUUGGAUAUGUUUCAGAAUGUAUUAGUGAUUCACCCUCAAGCUAGUCUUUUAAAGUACUGUUUUUGAAGCUGAGAAGCCUCCUGAGAGUAUUGGAGAUUAUAUUUAAUCAAGAGUCAUGACUUUAAACUAGUUUUACAUAUUAAGCACUCAGUGUUCUUAAUUUCAUAGCUCAAUACGUACUUGAAUAACAGAGUACCAGAAAAUUUCAUCCUUAAUUAUAUGUAAUUAUUUGCUUUUUAUAUGUCUUAUAGCAUUUUUAAAAAUAUUAAAUGAGUGGGAAACUUGCAUAAGUAAUUAAUAUUAAGUAAUAUAUAAUAGAAUCCAUCACAUGUGGUAAGUUUAUAUAAUACUCAGGUAUAAUCACUAUUUUUCACUGAUAAAACAUUAGCCCUAUUAGUAAUAAGAGAGUAACAUUGUAAAUUAAAAGCUUCCAUCAAGUUCUUAAUUAUGGUACUAUUGCUUUUCUCUUUUAAAAUAAUAUGUUAUGUUUUAGCUGGGAAGAUAGCUCAGCAGCUUAAGUGC